CUCCAUCGCUGAAUCUCUCCCUGGCAUCUCCAUCCCCAAGAGAAACAGCGAUAUGAGGGGAGAUAUGGAGAUCUGCUCCGAUACAGCUACCAUCAUUGUGACACAGAAGAUCAGCCUGCAAGGAGAGAAUGAGGAGGACCCCACCCCCGAGACAUCAUGUCAGGAUCAUAUGAUAGGCUCCAGCUGCCAGAUGAGAACCCUGGACAGCGGGAUUGGCACCUUCCCCCUCCCGACUCCAUCACCCGGGUCAACGGGCGCCACAUUCCCAGAUCCGAGUCCAGCCCAGACCAGAUGAUGGCGAGCAUUCCCAGUCCCACUGAUCCUGACCAGGAUCCUGAC